CGCUGUUCUCGUAGCUUGCGUGCCAUGCUGGUUAAAUCGCAGCGAGUCGUAACAUUUUUGCUCGGUUGUUAGCAGAAAUCACGACCAUGACAAAACGCACUGGAGUGGCAAAGAAAGGGCUCACCAAGGAAGAAAUUCAAGUGAAGGUAAUAUCUGAAAUCAUCAAGGAGUUGAUCGUCGCGCAGAAACUCAAGAAAGAUGUCAACCUGAAUAGCAUAAAGGGAUCGAUAUCGUCCAAGUAUGGUCUCCACUCUCAGCCGAAGAUAGUCGAUAUCAUUGCAGCAAUACCACCGGAGCAUAAGAAGGUUCUUCUUCCCAAGCUCAAGGCAAAGCCUGUGCGAACUGCCAGUGGUAUCGCUGUUGUUGCCGUCAUGUGCAAGCCUCAUCGGUGUCCCCACAUUAGCAUGACAGGCAACAUCUGUGUGUAUUGUCCAGGUGGUCCGGACUCAGACUUUGAGUACUCCACACAAUCGUACACUGGCUAUGAGCCGACUUCAAUGCGCGCCAUCCGAGCGAGGUACGAUCCAUUUCUUCAAACUCGACAUCGGGUCGAACAGUUAAAACAGUUGGGCCAUUCAGUGGACAAAGUGGAAUUCAUUGUGAUGGGAGGAACCUUCAUGUCCCUGCCCGAAGACUACCGAGACUACUUCAUAAGGAACCUUCACGACGCCCUCUCCGGACACUCCAGCGCGAGCGUAGAUGAAUCCGUACGUUACAGCGAACGUUCCCGCACAAAGUGUGUGGGUAUCACGAUCGAAACCCGUCCAGACUAUUGCCUCAAGAGGCACCUUAGCGACAUGUUGAGGUACGGUUGUACGAGGCUCGAGAUCGGCGUUCAGAGUGUCUACGAAGAUGUAGCUAGAGACACAAAUCGAGGUCACACGGUGAAAGCAGUGUGCGAGUCGUUCCAACUCGCCAAGGAUUGCGGUUUCAAAGUGGUCGCUCACAUGAUGCCGGACCUUCCCAACGUUGACUUUGAGAGAGACAUCGAUCAGUUUGUGGAGAUAUUUGAAAACCCAGCAUUUCGUAUGGAUGGACUCAAGAUCUACCCUACGUUGGUGAUCCGCGGAACGGGUCUCUACGAAUUGUGGAAGACGGGACGUUACCGCAGCUAUCCGCCGGGGUUUCUCAUCGACCUUAUUGCCAAGAUUCUCGCGUUGGUCCCUCCAUGGACGAGAGUUUAUCGUGUACAACGGGAUAUUCCAAUGCCCCUGGUGACGUCAGGUGUGGACCACGGGAACCUCCGAGAACUGGCACUCGCUCGCAUGAACGACUUUGGUACCAGAUGCCGUGACGUUCGUACCCGUGAGGUGGGGAUACAGGAAAUACAUCACCGUGUACGGCCGUACCAGGUGGAGCUGAUCCGACGUGAUUACGCAGCAAAUGGUGGAUGGGAAACCUUUCUCUCCUAUGAGGACCCCCAGCAAGACAUCCUGGUCGGACUUCUCCGUCUGCGAAAGUGCUCCGGUGCUACCUUCCGCCCUGAAUUAAAGGACGGGGUGUCCAUAGUGCGAGAACUCCAUGUCUAUGGCAGCGUUGUCCCUGUGAACGCUCGCGAUCCUACAAAGUUCCAACAUCAGGGUUUUGGUACUCUCUUGAUGGAAGAGGCUGAGAGAAUAGCCCUACAAGAGCAUGGAUCAAGCAAGAUAUCUGUGAUAUCUGGUGUUGGUACCAGGAACUACUAUCGGAAGUUGGGAUACGAACUGGAUGGUCCGUACAUGUCGAAGGUUCUUGUUACAUGAUUACGCCAUCGUUUUAUUAUAAAGAAGGAAUGUGAAUACAGAUUAUACAAAGUUC